AUGAGGCAUUAUUCUUCUUUGUUUAAUACUCUUAACGUCUAUGUGUUCCUCCAGGCUGUCUUGCCAUACUGUCAAGCACUAAAGAAGUUCAUUCCUCAUAUCCAACAGGUUAGCAUGGAGAGCAAUGGGAAGGGUGUAUCAUUUGAUGGUGUUCCUCUUCCUUUCGAGGCAGGCGAAAUUGAUUUUGGUGAGCCAGAUACGAACGGCCAGUACAGCUUUUACCAGCUAAUUCACCAGGGCUGCGUGAUUCCUUGUGAUUUUAUUGGCGUUGUUAAGAGUCAGCAACCCAUGUACCUGAAAGGUACUACCCUAACAACAGUUCCCUUAAGAGUAAAUGUCUAAUUAAAAGGCUUAUUUUACAG